AUUUCCAUCAACAAUAUACAUCUGAGAUCUACAAAAAAUGAAGUCUUCUUGCGGUACAAGUUUCGCUUUCUUGGUUCUCUUUCUCUUUGCGGCACAAUCUGUGAGCGUCUAUGCGGGUAGCUUCCACAAAGACGUUCAGAUACAUUGGGGUGAUGGCCGUGGAAAGAUUCACGACAGUAACGGAAGACUUCUUUCUCUUUCGCUUGACAAAUCCUCUGGUUCCGGUUUUCAAUCCAAGCAGGAGUUUCUCUAUGGCAAAGCCGAGGUUCAGAUGAAGCUUGUCCCUGGUAACUCUGCUGGAACAGUCACAACAUUCUAUCUUAAAUCGCCCGGAACUACGUGGGAUGAGAUAGAUUUUGAGUUCUUGGGAAACAUAAGUGGUCAUCCUUAUACUCUACACACCAAUGUUUACACAAAAGGCUCAGGAGACAAAGAACAACAGUUUCACUUAUGGUUUGACCCAACCGCUGACUUUCACACUUACUGCAUCACAUGGAACCCCCAAAGGAUUAUUUUUACAGUUGAUGACAUUCCUAUUAGAGAGUUCAAGAACUCCGAGUCGAUUGGGAUUCCGUUCCCAAAGAACCAACCAAUGAGGCUAUACGCGAGUCUUUGGGAAGCCGAGCAUUGGGCCACAAGGGGAGGAUUAGAGAAAACAGACUGGUCAAAAGCUCCUUUCACUGCCUAUUACAGAAACUACAAUGUGAACGGAUGUGUAUGGGCUAAUGGAAAAUCAUCUUGCCCCGCAAAUGCCCCAUGGUUCACUAAAACGCUCGAUAAGGCAGGCCAGGACGAAGUGAAGAGGGUGCAGGGUAAGUACAUGGUCUAUAACUAUUGCACCGAUAAGAAAAGGUUUCCUCGAGGCGUUCCUAGAGUGUGCACUUAGAUUAAUUUGAUUCUUUGAUUCAUCAAUAAGUUACUUGGCAUUGUCUUUGUAACUCAAGUGAGCUUUUAUGAUAAAUUUAUUUACCCAUUUAUUUUUCAUUCAUGUGUUGCUCAUAUAUGUGUGUGCCGUGUGGUGUAUGAUGUAAGAUUUAUAAAUUAGUAGUAUAUAUAUUAUGGAAACAAGUUUAUUC